GCACUCUCUGGAGAGUUCUGGGACUCUGCCUCUUAUCAGUUGGUGCUUGGGGGCAGGAAGAUAAUGAAGAAACUGGUGGUAUUUCAUGGAGACGUGAGUUUAUCAAUCUUUUGUUUAUUCCCUGUCUGAGGAUGCAGAUUGGUGGGUAAAGGAGAAAGAACUGAUUGAGAGAGAUUAACCCCAAGAACUGAGGUCCUUCCAACUUUAUAUUCUCAUCUCCCAUUUCAGAAAGUUUCCAGAUACUAAUGUUCAUCCUCCUCUUCCCAAGUCCCCAUGUCCCUGCCUAAACCCUGAAGCCACCUUCAAACCGUUCUCUAGCUUUCGUUCCCCGACACAUCCCCUCUUCCACACCCUCCAGCCAGUAGAACUCCCUUCUGACAAGCAAAUCUAAGACUUGCAUGACAGAUGUCUUCCUGCAUUGGCAUAUCAAGUCUCCAUCUCAGGAACCACAGUGGAAGUGACGUGCCCUCUGGACCUUGGAUCUGAGAUAACCUGGGAAAGAAAUGGUCAAACAUUAUCCGAGCAUCAGAAUGAGAAGCAGCUAUUACAGAAGGAAUUUUCAGAGAUGGAGGACAACGGUUAUUAUAUCUGCUACACAGGCAACUCGAAGGAAACGAGCCACUAUCUCUACCUGAGAGCAAGAGUGUGUGAGAAGUGCGUGGAGGUGGAUGUGACGGCGGUGGCCACAGUUAUCAUAGUCGACGUCUGCUUCACUCUGGGCUUGAUGAUGUUUGUUUAUUACUGGAGCAAGAACAGAAAGGCCAAGGCCAAGCCUGUGACGCGAGGCAUGGGUGGUGGUGGCAGGCCCAGGGGACAAAACAAGGAGAGGCCACCACCUGUUCCUAACCCAGACUACGAGGUAACAGCCCAUCCGGAAAGGCCAGCGGGAUCUGUAUUCUGGCUUGAAUCAGAGAGGCGUCUGAGGACAGACUGCCAAGAACGCUACUUCCCACUGGCUCCUCUCCCGGCACCCUGCUUCUCCCUGCUCCCUGGGCAAGUCUUGGACCCCAUGAGAGGAUUGUUCCUGAACCGCAUGGUGAACUCAUACCCUACAGCCUUGUCCCCAGCUCCCUCCUUCCUGCCUGCUCUGCUGGCAUUGGACAUUGCUGCUUCCUUGUCCUUUGAAACAUCGCUAGUUAUGCCUUCACACCUGGCCUGCCCCUCUUGUCAGGAUAUUUAUUUCUGUUAUUCACUCCCUGCCAAUUCCUCCUGUCCCCCAUGGAUGUCACUUCUCCCUUCAGCUCUCUUUUUCUGUAUGUAAAUUGUCCCCCAUUCCAUCUACCUCUCUAUUUUUCCUGCUCUCUGCUUUCCAACCCUCUCUGGGGAUGCACUAGGUAGAUACUGGCAGAGUUCCUGUCCCACUCACAGAUCCUGCCCAGAGCCAACCCCCUGCUACCUGCCCUCAUCUCCACCUAAGCCACUGCAUGGCCAUUCGCAACUCCACAAAUGUGCUGGCUGCUCUCAGCUCAGAGAGAGAAAAUAAAGUGUAUUUGACUGAAA